GUCUUGCUUCUACUUUUCGACGCAUAAGACUCAUUUAUUGGCUACUUUUUGAUUUGAUAACAUCUGCGACAUAAUCCCAUUUUUGUAUUUCCAUAUAACUUCAAUUUUUUUAAAAUGUGGUAACCAUGUUUUCAAAGCAUUUCACAUAAAAACAUAAAAAUAUUCUCGCCGCGUGGUCUGAAUUUUUGGAUUAAUUCGGUUAAUCAGAUAUCUCUGUAAAGCAUAGAAAAAUCGAUAUGGGAUUUGGUCGAGGAGGUGGUGGUGGUCAAAGACGUGGUGGUGGCGGACGUGGUGGUGGACGUGGUGGCGGUGGAGGCGGGGCCUUUCGCUCUAAUCGUGGAGGUGGAGGCGGCCGAGGUUUCCGUGACAAUAAUUUUCAACAAGGACCGCCAGAACGCAUCGUGCCCUUAGGCCAUUUCAGUUACAGUUGUCAAGAUGAUCUCGUUGUUAAAGUUGAUAUUCAAGAUGUGCCUUACUUCAGUGCACCCAUUUACCUAGAAAACAAAGAAGCUAUUGGUAAAAUUGAUGAAAUCUUCGGUACCAUCAGAGAUUAUUCUGUAUCUGUGAAAUUAUCGGAUAAUAUGAAAGCCAGCAGUUUUAAAAGCAAUCAACAGCUGUUCAUUGAACCAACAAAAUUAUUGCCAAUAGCUAGAUUUUUGCCUAAAGCUCCGCAACCCAAAGGUCCGAAAAAAAAAGGUCCUCCAGGAGGAGUUAAAAAUCAGAAUGGCGGGCGUGGUGGCUUUGGUGGGCGCGGUAGGGGUGGCGGUGGCGGUGGUGGGGGACGCGGUUUUUCUAGAGGUGGCCGCGGUGGUGGUGGCGGAAAUAACAAAUCUGGCCGGGGUGGUCGUGGUGGUGGUGGAGGAGGUGGUGGAGGUGGAGGACAUAGGAGAUGGUAGUAGACAUUAAUAUUUCAAACUAAAACUUUAAAAUGUAAUUUAAGCUAAAAUGGAUAUUCCUUUAGUGACUUUUGUGUAAUGAAUAAUAUAACGCUUUAGAAAAUAUAAUAAUCCCAAAUCACAUUCUUAAGAUCAUUUUUUAAUGAAACAGAUGUCAAUCAUCAUUGUAAAAGAUCACAAAGAUUUUAGCUUUAGACCAAAUAUUUUACGCAAAUGUGGAAUCUGUAGGAGUUAAAAUCGAGAUGGCAAGGGAAAGUGCUAACCUCCCUCAUUGCGCAGAUACCAGAAUUGGAACUCUUUCUUAAGUAAUACCUGCCAGUUAAAAAUCGAGGAUAGAAAUCAAAAAUGUGUCCCUUUCCAAAGCUGCUUUGAGAAACAUACUCAGCGCUCUG